CCAUGCAAAAUUAACAAGGACCAAAAAAAAAUUAAAGUAAUAACAAUAAUUCCUCCUCGAAAAAUAUAUAAAAAAAGAACACAAGCAAGAUACCCUCAUGGUGUACGUUUGAGUAAAGCUUCACCAAAAUCAUAGAAGAGAAGCAACUAAAGUAUAAUGGGGUCAACAGUAUAUGAAACAUCAGAAUAUCACAAGAGGAUGUUCCCAUCAACCACUUCAUGUACUCAACAAAUUGAUUCACUGGGGAAUGUGUUGUUAUAUGGUGCUGGAUCUGAACUUAUCAAAAAUGAGCUUGGUGCUUAUGGGGAGAAAAUUUUAGGCUCAGGUUCUGCCUAUGUUCAAAGCAACAUUGGCAGAUACAUUUUCAAUCCACAAUACUAUUUCCAAGUGAAUGAAGAAUACGUGAAGAAUAAACUGAAGGUGAUUUUAUUUCCGUUUCUUCACAAGGGACAUUGGAUGAGAGCUGCUGAUUUGGCUGGUGGAGAAUUUUCAUUCAAACCUCCAAUGUAUGAUAUUAAUGCCCCUGAUUUGUACAUCCCCAUGAUGGCUUUUGGUACUUAUUUGGUUCUUGCUGGUUACUUCUUGGGCAUUACCACCAAGUUUAGUCCAGAAGCUUUAGGUGUGCAAUUCACAACAGGACUACUUAUUUGGCUCUUGCAAGUCCUCAUACUUGAAGCCACAUUACACUCUUUAGGAAGUGGAGAAGUGCCACUUCUUGAUAUUGUUGCUUAUGGUGGCUACAUCUUUGUGGUAGCAUCAAUUAUUUUGCUAUCUAGGAUCAUUUGGGAUUAUGCAUUUUACUUAGUUACAAUUUUUGAAUGCUUUUGCAUGGGGGUUUUCUUGAUAAAGACCAUGAAGAGGAUCCUAAUUAGUGAAGUGAGAAGCUUUGAGAAGCAUUCAACCAAGAGAAAUUACCUUUUACUCUUCAUGGCUUUGUCCCAAAUCCCCUUGCUUUUUUGGUUGGGAAAUGUUGGUGUGGGAGCUAAGUGAGUACUUUCCAUAAUACACUCCAAUUGAUCAAUGUGAGCACUUUCAACAAUACACUCCCAAUUGUUCAAUGAUGAAUUUG